ACAUACUAGCAUGAAAAUGUGAUCUGCCUCCUUGACGUCUUCACACCUGACUACACACUGGAGAAAUUCCAAACCUUUUAUAUGGUAAUGCCAUUAGUAGCCCAGGAUCUGGGCCACAUUAUGAAGAGGCGGAGAUUAACUGAUCGCAUCAUCACAUACCUGUUCUACCAGCUUCUAAGGGGUCUCAAGUACAUUCAUUCUGCAGGGAUCGUUCAUCGGGAUCUGAAGCCCGGUAACCUUGCUGUGAGUGAGAACUGUGAAUUAAAGAUCCUGGAUUUUGGCCUGGCAAGACAGACAGAAGGUGAAAUGACUGGUUAUGUUGUGACGCGCUGGUACAGAGCACCAGAGGUCAUAUUCAACUGGAUGCACUACAGUCAAACAGUGGAUGUGUGGUCAGCUGCCUGUAUCCUGGCUGAGAUGAUUACGGGCCAGGUGCUUUUCCCAGGAGAGGACAGUAUUGAUCAGCUGAAGAGGAUCCUCCAUCUGACAGGAACACCAGACCUAUCCCUGGUCCAGAAGAUGCAGAGUAAAGAUGCACAAUCUUAUGUGAAGGGUCUUCCCCCGCAAAAGAAGAAAAACUUCAAGGAAGUGUUUGCAUCCAUGGAUGGAAAUGCUGUGGACAUACUGGAGGGGAUGUUACUGCUGGACCCGGAGACAAGGCUGACAGUUAAGCAGGGUCUGUCUCACCCCUUCCUGGCUGAAUAUCAUGACCCAGAGAGCGAGCCAGACUCUGAGCCGUACGACGACUCCUUCGAGAACCUGGAUCUUGCUGUCGGGGAGUGGAAGAGUCUUAUCCACAUGGAGAUCAUGACCUUUGACCCCGACAACCCCAGAAAGACAGCCAUGUAGAUGCUGUGACAUGCUUACACCUCCCUCUGUUUGGUUAUAACAGAGACACCAACUGCAAAGGUCAACACUGUCAACCUGAGACAAACAUAUACAAAAAUACAUCAAAAGUAUUUUUGGUGCAUCUGAUAUGUAUUGUAAUUGAAAUGCAUGUUACAAAACGGCAGCUUUAAUUUGUAAGGUGUCCUGUACAGGACAAGGUUUUUCUUCUGUUCUUCUAUUUGAAUAGAAAUGGCAUUACCUCAAACUUGAUCAAAAACACCGAACCACUGCUGUCUUCUCAUUUCAAAAAAUAUAAAAAUUAUUGACAAAAUAAUUUUAACUCAAGGUCUUGACUAGAGGUGGAAAGUAAUGAAUUACAUUUACACACAUUACCGUAAAUGAGUAGCUUUGGGGGUAUUUCUAUUUUUUAAGUAGUUUUUAAAAUGUUACUUCAACUUAAAGCUACAUUGUGUAAGAAUUUCGCCCAUCUAGCGUUGAGAUCAUAUAUCGCAAACUCUCUCUCGCCACGCAGUUCAAAGUAGGUAUUGCAGCUACGUUAGCCGUGACGCUUCAAAAAGUGAAAGUGUACAAAAGGCUGUCUAACAGGCGUUGUUGUUGGAGUGCGUGUCAGAGACACCAUGAGUGGGCACGACGGAAAGGAUAGGGAAAG